CCAGCACCCCCGAGGCCCGUCUCCUGGGCCCAAGGCGAUGCUCGGCUGGCGGGGCUGAGUCACCGCGAGCGCAGGCCGGGCCGCGGACCCAGCGACAGCCCGCCGACGGCUCAGGGAGCAGCUGCCCGGCGCGCGGGCCCCGCGGGAGCUCGCCGGGCGGAGCCCGCAGGGCCACGCAGGAGCCGAGCGAGGGCUGCGCGGUGAACUGUCACCGUUGCCACUCUGGACGCGGAAGUGCGCUUUCUUGUUUUGCUUUAAAAUCAGGGCUUGCGGUCUCCCGACCUGUGCAUCUGGUCGAAUUCAGCGGCAAUUCCCCUUCCCAUCCCAGCGCGGCGGCGCAGACCCAGCCUCCGUGCGCGCUGGCUGCCCAGGAGGCACCGCGGGCGCAGGGCAGCCCCUGAAAGGAGACAGCCCCCGAGACUCCGGCCCCGCAAACGGUCAGACCCGCGCCUAGCUCGGCAGGAAGACUGUGACCGUGGGAAUUUCAGCUACCUACCCAAGCAAGAUGAAGAUUCCAUUUGUGGAACCUGCCAUUUGCCUUAGUGUAUUUGCUAUGACUUUGACUGCUCCACUGACAACACAAUAUGUGUACAGGAGGAUAUGGGAGGAAACAGGCAACUACAGCAUUGCACCCGAUAGCAAUGUUUCUGAGUGUGCAAAAAACAAAAGCAGCCCAAUUUUCGCAUUCCAGGAGGAAGUUCAGAAAAAAGUGUCUCUUUUUAAUCUGCAGAUGGACAUAAGUGGGUUAAUUCCUGGUCUCGUGUCUACAUUCAUGCUUCUGUCUCAUAGUGACCACGGAGGACGAAAAUUCCCUUUGAUUUUGUCUUCUGUUGGUGCUCUUGCAAACAGUGCUUGGCUCUGUUUGCUUUCCUAUUUUGCCUUUCCAAUCCAGCUUUUGAUUGCAUCUACCUUUUUGGGUGCACUUUGUGGCAAUUACACCACACUUCUGGGAGCCUCUUUUGCCUACAUAGUUGAUCAAUGUAAAGAAAAGAAACAAAGAACAAUUCGAAUAGCUAUAAUUGACUUCCUGCUUGGAAUUGUCACUGGAUUAACAGGAUUGUCUUCUGGCUAUUUUAUUAGAGAACUAGGUUUUGUGUGGUCGUUUUCAAUUGCUACUAUGGCUCUUACUGUUAACUUGAUUUAUAUUUUAUUCUUUCUUGAGGAUUCAGUGAAAGAGCCUUCAUCUCAGAAUGUUUCUAUAUCAUGGACUGAAGGCUUUAAAAACUUAUUUUACCGAACUUACAUGCUUUUUAAAAAUAACUCUGGUGAGCAACGAUCUUUGCUCUGCUUGUUGCUUUUUACAAUGAUCACUUAUUUUUUCGUGACAAUUGGCAUUUCCCCCAUUUUUAUCCUUUAUGAAUUGGAUUCACCACUCUGCUGGGAUGAAGUUUUAAUAGGUUAUGGAUCAGCUUUGGGUAGUGUCUCUUUUUUCAGCAGUUUCCUAGGAAUAUGGCUUUUUUCCUACUGUAUGGACGAUAUUCACAUGGCCUUCAUUGGAAUCUUUACCACCAUGGUGGGAAUGGCUAUGACUGCUUUUGCCAGAACAACAUUGAUGAUGUUUUUAGUCAGGCUGCCAUUCCUUUUCACUGUUGUGCCACUCUCUGUUCUACGGUCCAUGAUAUCAAAAGUGGUUCGUUCUACUGAACAAGGCACCAUGUUCGCUUGUCUCGCUUUCUUAGAAACACUUGGUGGAAUCACUGCAGUUUCUACUUUCAACGGAAUUUAUUCAGCCACCGUUGCUUGGUACAAAGGCUUCGUCUUCCUGCUCUCCGCUGUUUUAUUACUAAUUCCAGCCAUCAGUCUAUGUGCUGUCAAGUGCAUCAGCAGGAAUGCGGGAAGCUAUGUCCUUCUUAUACAAGAAGAAUCCAGCGAAGACACUUCAGACAGAUGAUUAAUUGUGAUUAAAAAAAAUCCAAAUGCUCAUAUCAUAUACUCUUGACUUCUGAAGGAUAUAACUAGCUCCACA